GUCGCGCGGCGUGGGCGGGGCCUCGGCGACUGCGGGUGCCUGGGGUGACGCUCUGCCUGGCUGAGGCCAUGGCAGGCCGGGGUAAGCUCAUCGCGGUGAUCGGAGACGAGGACACGGUGACUGGUUUCCUGCUGGGCGGCAUCGGGGAGCUUAACAAGAACCGCCACCCUAACUUCCUGGUGGUGGAGAAGGAUACCACCAUCAAUGAGAUCGAAGACACCUUCCGACAGUUUCUAAACCGGGACGACAUUGGCAUCAUUCUCAUCAACCAGUACAUUGCAGAGAUGGUGCGGCAUGCCCUUGAUGCCCACCAGCGCUCCAUUCCUGCUGUCCUGGAGAUCCCAUCCAAGGAGCAUCCCUAUGAUGCGGCCAAAGACUCCAUCCUGCGCAGGGCCAAGGGCAUGUUCAAUGCCGAAGAUCUGCGUUAGUGCUCCCUGGACCUCAGUCCUUCUCUCACUACCAAUCCUCUUCCAGCUUGCCAUCUUCUUUAAGUUUCAAGCCUCUGGUUUCCAACCCUACCCGUCCCUGGGUCUGUGAGAGGCUGGGUGAGUUCUUCCAGGCUGCUGGGGUUCUGCUGGGUCAAAUCAAGGCUGGGUAGAGAACAGGAGACCCAGGCAUCUUCUCUGUCCACUACCUCUCCCCUAUGUUGUCACUCAGUGUCAUGGUCAUUGUUAAAUUAAAGUAAUAAUUCUUGCUUCUUUCUGAA